GUGGGGUUUACUCCACCUAAUAUUCCGUUAUAUAUUAACCCAUCCUUUAUAUUGUAUAUACUUUAUUAUCCAUCUUGCAAUCUCCUCUCAUCUCAUUCUAUUCAUCGCAAAAACUAAAACUUUAUUUCCUAUUGUUUCAUUUCAUGCAUGGGCAGUGGAGCCCAACAUUCUCUCCAUUCUCCUCUUCCGUUCACCCCAAUCACUUUCCUUGAUCUACCACAUUCCAAAUUCAUUUCAUGGCUCCCCAUUGUUUCUCCAUUCACAUUGCUCUCAUAUUGCUUCUCCUUUGCAAAGGUGCAUCGGGAGCCACGUUUACUCUAAUCAACAAAUGUGAUUACACGGUGUGGCCCGGGAUUUUGGCCAAUGCAGGAAGUUCCGGGUUGGACUCAACCGGGUUCGAGCUCCGACCCGGUGGGUCGCGGAGCUUCCGCACACCGCCCAAUUGGUCCGGAAGAUUCUGGGGCCGAACCGGGUGCAACUUCGACCCGAAUACCCAAGAGGGUAGUUGCACCACAGGGGAUUGCGGGUCCAACCAAGUCCAAUGCAACGGGGGCGGGGCAAACCCGCCAGCCACGUUGGCCGAGUUCACAAUCGGGUCGGGUUCGGGUGCCCAAGAUUUUUAUGACGUAAGCCUCGUUGAUGGUUACAACUUACCCAUGCUUGUGGACCCCAGUGGCGGAUCGGGUGCGUGCGGGUCCACCGGGUGCAUUGCGGACCUGAACCAACGGUGCCCGAACGAGCUGCGCGUGGCGGACCGCGGCGCGUGUAGGAGCGCGUGCGAGGCGUUCCAGAGCCCCGAGUAUUGCUGCAGCGGCGCGUACGCCUCACCGGCGACUUGCAAGCCUUCGGUGUACUCGCAGAUAUUCAAAUCCGUAUGUCCCAAAUCGUAUAGCUACGCGUACGACGACGCUACGAGUACGUUUACGUGUACGGGAGCUGAUUAUACGAUCACAUUCUGCCCUUCGACCACAAGCCAAAAAUCUGCAAGAGAUUCACCACCUCCUCCUUCAGGAAUGGGGUCAGAAACAGGGACAGGGGAGAUGCCGUUGAUAGUUAAUAGUCCAUGGUUUCCCAACUUCUUCACUGGACUCUCAUCCAAAUCUCACUCUUGCCCCUUGCCACUCAUCGCUACUCUCACUAUGCUACUCUUCUUCUUUUUGCAAUACUCAUAGAGUGCAUUCAUGUUAAAGGUGGUAGGUGACAUUUUUUUAGGGCGAUUAUAGAUAUACAAUUAAACCUCAACAUGAAUUCUCUUUCAUACUCAUCAUGUUAACUUGGGAAGCAAUUGCAAUCACAAUCUGGUGCACCCACCAGCAAAAGGGACUUUUUCUACGCAUGGAUUAUUGUUGUGAUUAAUUAUUGAAUUAGAGAGUGAUGAUGCAGCGCAAUAUGAAAAGUAGUGUUUUUGUUUUCCAUGCUUUGCUUGACUUAGAAUCCGAGUAAUAUGGUUGGUACAACCUUGCGGGUAUUUCAAGCUUGGAACCAUCACAUUUUUGGGUGGCAAAGAUAAUAGGAUUUAAUUUCCAAUUAUAUUGAUCUGGCAAUAGCAAUAAAGAGACAUUGCCACUUCUUGAUGAAUGAAUUUUAUGAUGUUAAUGUUAAACAAACUUGGUUAUGUUCAAAGGCACGUAGCUAGUGUGAUAUAACAAUUCAAUGAUAUAGCACUUUCCAUGAAAACUAUAUUAUAUGAUCUGAUGGGUCAUUCAAGUGUAAUUGUGCAUUUCAUGUUUUAGUCCCGUUGAGAUUUACAGUGCUCUUUGUGUGUUCCAACGUUAAGCUAGCUUUUAUGAUCAA